AUGGCGUUGAUGAAACUUGGAUCAAAAUCUGAUGCAUUUCGAUGUGAAGGCCAAACGUGGCUUUGUACAACCGGACUUCCAAGUGAUCUUACCAUUGAAGUAGGCGAAAUUUCUUUUUUUCUCCACAAGUUUCCAUUGCUUUCUAGAAGUGGAUUACUGAAGAAACUCAUUGCUGACUUCUCAAACGAGGAUGGAUCAAGUUUUGUUUUGCAACUUCAUGAUGUGCCUGGUGGGGAUAAAACAUUUGAGCUUGUAACCAAGUUUUGCUACGGUAUAAAAAUAGAAGUCACAGCAUUAAAUGUGGUAGGUCUAAGAUGUGCUGCAGAAUACCUACAAAUGAAUGAAAAUUAUGGUGAAGGGAACCUAGUUACACAGACAGAGGCAUUUCUCAAUGAAGUUUUAAGUAAUUGGUCAGAUUCCAUAAAAGCUCUUCAAACAUGUGAGGAAGUUAAAUCUCAUGCAGAAGAACUCCAUAUUGUUUCAAGGUGCAUUGAUUCCUUGGCCAUGAAGGCAUGUUUUGACCAAAAAGUGUUCAAUAGAACUGUGGCUGGAAGUGAUUGCUCACAGAACCAAGCUAUAGACCCUGCCUCAUGGAAUGGAAUUUCUUCUGAGACUAAAUCACCAACUCCUGGUGAUGAUUGGUGGUAUGAGGAUUUGUCUAUGUUAAGCCUAGCCCUAUAUAAACGAGUUAUUUUAUCCAUUGAAGCAAAAGGUAUGAAACCUGAGAAUGUUGCUAAGUCCCUCAUAUAUUAUAUUAGAAGGUUUGUCCCCUUGAUGAACAGGCAAUCUAGCUUCAAUGAUAAAAAUAAUGUAAACCAAGGGACACCAGCUAAUACAACUCCUGAAGCAAAUCAAAGGGCAUUGCUGGAAGAAAUUGUAGGUUUGCUUCCUAAUAAGAAGGGGGUCACACCCUCCAAGUAUCUCCUUAGGUUGCUACGCACAGCCAUGAUAUUACAUGCAAGUCCAUCAUGCAUAGAAAAUUUGGAGAAAAGUAUUGGAUAUCAACUUGACCAAGUUGAACUUGUGGAUCUUCUCCUUCCAAAUAUGGGGUACUCGGUUGAGACCCUCUAUGAUGUAGACUGCAUUCAGAGGAUCAUUGAUCAUUUUAUGUCUAUAUACCUGCCUGCAACUGCAUCAACUUCUCCAUGUAUAACUGAAGAGGGGCCAUUGAUAGCUGGAGCUGAUGCACUGACACCUAUGACUUUGGUGGCAAAUUUGGUGGACACAUAUCUUGCUGAGGUGGCUCUUGAUGUUAAUUUGAAGUUGCCUAAGUUCCAGGCCCUUGCUUCUGCAAUUCCUGAUUAUGCUAGACCACUGGAUGAUGGUUUAUAUCAUGCAAUAGAUGUGUACCUUAAGGCACAUCCUUGGCUCAUAGAUUCAGAAAGGGAGCAAUUUUGUAGACUCAUGAACUGCCAAAAACUCUCACUGGAAGCAAGCACACAUGCAGCACAAAAUGAAAGAUUACCACUCAGACUAAUUGUGCAGGUCCUCUUUUUUGAACAGCUUCGACUCCGCACAUCAAUGUCUAGCUGGUUGUUUGCCUCUGACAAUCUUGAGAACUCACAAAACCGUAAUGGAAAUCUUGGCCUUCCAAGGAGUAAUGGCAAUGGUCAACUAGAUCAUGCACAGCAGGGUGGUGAAAACUUGAGGGAACGUGUCUCAGAGCUAGAGAAGGAAUGUUCAUGCAUCAGGAGUGAGCUUCAGAAGUUGGCUAAGACAAAGAAAAGUUGGAGCAUUUUCCCAAGAUUCUUUAGGAAGAAUUCCUAG